AUGGACUGGAAGAUGUUCCAAGGCCUCCUCAGCGGGGUGAACAAAUACUCCACCGGGUUCGGGCGGAUCUGGCUCUCGGUGGUCUUCGUCUUCCGGGUGCUGGUGUUCGUGGUGGCCGCCGAGCGUGUGUGGCACGAAGACUGGAAGGACUUCGACUGCAACACCCGGCAGCCCGGCUGCCCCACUGCCUGCUACAACAGCAUCUUCCCCAUCCUGCACACCCGCCUGUGGGCCCUGCAGCUCAUCUUCGUCACCUGCCCCUCGCUCCUGGUGGUGAUGCACGUGGCCUACCGCAAGGAGCGGGAGCGUAAGUACCGGGCCAAGCACGGCGAGGACGCCAGGCUGUACGACAACACGGGUCAGAAGCACGGCGGCCUGUGGUGGACCUACCUGCUGAGCCUCUUCUUCAAGACGGGUAUCGAGAUCUCCUUCCUCUACCUGCUGUACCUCACCUACGACAGCUUCCACGUGCCCCGCCAGGUCAAGUGCGACGUCUUCCCCUGCCCCAACCAGGUGGACUGCUACAUCGGGCGCCCCACGGAGAAGACCGUCUUCACCUACUUCAUGGUGGGGGCGUCGGCCUUCUGCAUCGUCCUGAACAUCAGCGAGAUCUUCUACCUGAUCUUUCACCGUGUCUUGCGCCUGGCCCGCCGGGGGAGGCACGACGUGCCGCGCAGCAGGUGCGGCCACGAGGACUGCAGACAAUGCAACAUGGCCAUGACCAGCCUGGACUACAAGCCGGGUUCCUGCGAUAACGAGGACGUGCAGGCGGCGGCCCCCGAGCUCCCCUUCAAACACUAG